ACCAAAAGCGAAUGAAGAAAAGAACGUCGUCGUCUUCAAGUCGGCAUUUAACAUCUGUCGACGACGGUUAAGUUGUUAUUAUACGAAGAAAGGUGUGCUUUGGAUUUAAUCUAGGAUUUAAAAGAUUUUGAUCAAACUUACAUUAACAGCACAGCAUCAACCAUCGAUUACCUUCUUCGUGGGUGAAAGUCGACCCGGAGGUUUACCUUUUAAAGAAAAUUUCCAUUCUCAUAGGGAAACGAUCAAGACUUAUAAUCAAAUAGUAAGAUGUGAUCAGUGAGUUCACCAAGAAAAUUUUAUUUGUAUUCGUCCAAGUUGGGUGCACUCGUAUUUCUGAUAACAGACAACGCGCGGUGAUCUAGAAAGUAAAGAGCGGCGACUUCUUGGAGAAGGACGGUCAUUGUGUUAAGCUUGUGGGUCUGUGUGCUGACGGCAGUUGAUCGUGUUGAGUCUUCAAGAACGGACUUGAAGCUUCUAAACAUUUUUACGAUAAAACUUAAGUAACAUAAUUUUUUAAAUUAAGUUGUAUUAAGAAGAAAGUGUACCUUUUUAAAUUAAUUUUUGACAUGUGAAAUUGUGAACUUGGCACGAUGACAGUGACGAUGGAUCAUAAAAACGGAAGAAAAUCAUCAUUAGACUCUAAGGUAUCCAUGAGUACUGUCAGUAAUGGAACAAGACAUUACAGAAGAUCAGCAAGCUCAAUUUUAUCAACAGAUUCGGAUAUAAGAUUUACAAGAAAAAAAUUAAGCUCUCAAUAUCGAUGCGGAUGUUGUAUUAUAGCUUCUUUCUUAUUUUUGCUGUUAUUAGCAAGUGCAGCUGUUUAUUUUGGAUAUACUUAUUUCUUUUCGCAAACAUCUCAAGAAGAUGUAUAUCGUGCUAGUUUUAAGGUAGUUAACGGAGAUAGAUAUGUUAUAGACAUGGCGGAUCCAUCCACCGACGUCUUUAAAGUUAGAGCUAGGGAUUAUAGAGAAAGACUGAAUUUAUUGUUUAGAAGAAGUUAUAUCAAACAUGGAUUCUCAGGAACUGAAAUUUUAGCUUUGGAUGGCAACGAAGGAAACGAUUUAACCGUCCACUUCAGUGUAAGAAUAGAUCCAACAUUUGUAGAUGUCGACUCGGACGAUUUAAAAGACUUAUUAAAAAAAGAAAUCACUUUCGAAGAAUCGUUAUAUUUCAGAAAUAUAACGGUCGAUGCUAAUAGUAUAGAAGUAAUGGAAAGUGACGCUCCAAUUCAUAGUAGUACAACUCCAAAACCAACAACACCUAAAACCACCACAACAACGAAAGCACCGGAACCAAGGAAAUGUACAAAAAUGGAACUAACGUAUUGCAGUAAACAACCUUACAAUAUAACGACGUAUCCAAAUAUUUUUGACCACAAAAACCUUUCCAUGGUUCAAGAAAAUAUGAUUUUGUUUCGAGAAUUAGUCGAUGCUGAAUGUUAUAUGAACGCAUAUGAUUUCGUUUGUAACGUUCUUCAACCACCAUGUAAGAAAGGAGUUAAAGAAGAUGAUAUGGUACUACCUUGUAAAAGUUACUGCAGAGACUUUAUGAAUGGAUGUGGAAGUCGUUUAUCACCGAAAAUUAAAUUAAUCAUAGAUUGUAAUAGAUUUCCUGAAUUUGAAGGUACUGGAUCGUGCAUUCCUAGACCGAAUUGCCUCUGGGACAUCAAAACCCACGGUUUACCUUCAAGGCAUUGCGACGGCGUCGGUGACUGCCAAGACUUAGCAGACGAAAGAACGUGUUCUUAUUGCCCUAGUGACCAACUUCACUGUGGCAUCGGCCGCGUUUGCAUUCGCAAAACGCAACGAUGCGAUGGACACGUUGAUUGUCCGGACGGGAGCGACGAAAGAGCGUGUUUGAGCCUCGCCCCUAAUGUUAACAACCUGACGAAAAAUAUCCUCGUGACGCCACACCUACCUAGGUAUAUUUCUAAUGGAUUCGUAGUUUUUAACGAGAAAGGCGAUGUUGGAAAAUUGUGUACGGAAAACUUAAAUCGAAGUUUAUCUAUUAAUAAAACUGUUGAAGUUCUAAGAACAGUUGCAAGUUCUCUAUGCAGAGCACUAUCAUAUAGGAAACUAACAUCAGUAAAUGUUGAAAUUGAUAAAGAACAAGGAGUACCAUACGUAAGCAUGAAAGAUCCUACAGCUUCUGAAAUUAGUUUCAUAAGAGCACCAUGCAAUUCAAAGCAAGUCUUAAAAAUGUCUUGCGAUGACCUAGAAUGUGGUUAUCAAGCUGCACAUUCCCAAUCGGGUACACGUCUAAAUAAAGUUUCUUUGCACGGAGAUUGGCCAUGGCAUGCAGCUUUAUUUAAAGAAGAUGUCCAUAUAUGCGAUGGAACCUUAAUAUCAACAGAUUGGGUAAUAACCACAACAUCUUGUUUUCAAGGUCAACCAAAAGCAGAAUGGACUGUAAGAUUAGGAAUUAUACGCAUAUCUGGAACAUCGCCGUGGCAACAAGAAAGAAGAAUCGUCGGAAUGGUAAAAUCGCCGGUUGAAGGAAGCACUUUGGCAAUGAUUAAGCUUGAAGAACCAUUAGUAAUGUCCGAUUUCGUUAGACCAGUUUGUUUACCAAAAAAGAAUUUUGGUGUAAAAGAAAAUUUAAUGUAUUGUAAUACGUUGGGUUGGAUGAGAAAUCGGGAUCAAUUGCAAAGAGUACAAGUACGAAUGAGCAAAAUGGCGAAAUGUGAAAAUAUGAGUAUCCCAAGUGUGAAUGGUAUUUGUACUGAAACACCAUAUGGACAAGAUGAUUGCAAUGAAGAAGAAUUUGCAGGAAGUCCAUUGUUAUGUUUACAACCCAACGGAUCAAGGUGGUCUUUAAUUGGUGUAUCAAAUUGGAGAAUAGCUUGUUUAAGAACAAGAGUGGACCGGCCAAGAAUGUACGAUAAAAUAACAUCGAAUGUUGAAUGGAUUGUAGAAACUAUGCAAUCCGGGGACGUGUAGUAACAACUUUUUGAUUGUUUUUGUUAUUGUUCAAGUUUUUACUUUGCUUUGUUUACAAAAAUAGAAUUUUGCUUUAGAUUGAAUACAAUAUUUUGGGAUAAUUUCUAAAAACAUUUUUUAAAGGAUUUUAUUUUGUUUAUAUAGGGUGUUAUAAACGACUGGAAACUGUCAAAUACCUCAAAACGACGUAUUUCUGAAAUAAUCGUUCUCAAAGCAAUAAAUAGUGAUGUAUUUUUGAUGAUGAUUAUAAAGGUUUCUGCAUAUACAACAUAAACGCUGAAUAUCGUAGCGUUCAGCAAAUAAAUUGGUCUGUUCAAAACAAAUCUUAUCCAUAAUUCUUUAGGCAACCAGUUUUACACGGUUAUCGUUGAUCUCAAAUUCAGCUUUCUACAACAUACAAAACAUGUAAUAAAUUCGGUAUACACGUUAAUAAAUAUGUAAUCUUCAUACAGUAUAAAUGAAAUGAUACAAGUAUGUAAUAUAUCUCAAGUAAUAAUAUACUUUAAAUUACAUCGUUAUUGAGAUAUUUUAGCAUUUCCAGACUUUUCUAACACCAUUCUCUUUGUUACCAAGAUUUGUGAAAAAUGCCAUUAUCUUGCACUAGUUUAUAUAUACUUGAAAAUAUUGAGGUAGUCAAAUCGGCUAUUUUAAAGGUAAAAAACAUAAGAAAAUCCGUAUUUUUAGUUGCCUGAUAAAUUAGAAAAUAUUUGGCAAAAAAAUCUGCCUAUUAUGAUUUUUUUUUUUGGAAAAUUCGCAAUAAAUCAUAAACACGCUAAACUUCUUUUGCCAAGAUAUUUUUAUUUAUCCUUCUAAACUAUUUUCAUAGUUAAAAAGACGUCAGAUUUUUAUGCAAAUCCCUAAGCUAUUCUUAAAUGACAAAAAUAAAUGUACAAGAAUUUCAAAUUUUCUUAAUACUUAUGACAUAGGUACAUUUUGACUACCCCACAUUGUAUAAAAAGUAUCAUAGAGUAACCUAUUAU